AUGCUCUGGGACUCAUAUAAAGAGGAACUCAGAGGAAGGCUAGGGAAAUUUUCCACAAACUAUAGCAGUAUUGAUGAGUUAGAGCACGCAGCGGAUUUUCUGCGAAGGGCUGCUCUGACUACAUCGUAUGAAAACAAUUGUCCCACAAGCACAGUUAAGUCUAUGAAAGAAUCAGAAUGUUGGAAUACGCACCUGCAGAAGCUUCGAAAAAAGACAAAAGCGUUGAAGACUAGUGGGGCCUCCGUAAGGAAUCGAAGGAUAAUCACUUUCCCGGUUUUUAGCGAAUAUCAAACCGACCUAGAGGAGGAAGCCUGGGGCCAAGAGUUGAGGAGGGCCGAGUGGAAUUUUGCCUUGAAGGUUGUAGACAGCAAAAAGGUGGAAUGGGCUGUGGGGUCCUUCUGCCGUUUUAAAUCACCAGGGGCGGCUAGCAUCUACUCAGUGCUUUUACAAAAAGGCCUGGAAGUUGUCAUCUCUCCUCUGACGAAACUAUUUGGGGCAAGUAUCGCCCUGAAACAUGUGACAUCGGCAUGGAAGUAUGGUACAGUGACUUUUAUUCCCAAACCCGAGAGAGAAGGUUACACUGCUGCAAAGGACUUCAGACCGAUCAGCCUUACGUCUUUUAUUUCAAAGAUGCUGGAGAGGCUGGUCGACAGAUAUAUCAGGGAUGAGGUGCUUUUGGCCUCACCGCUACACAGAGGGCAGCAUACCUUUCAGGCAGGCUGCUCAGUAGAGACGGCACUUCAUGCUGUUGUGGCAAAAUCGGAGCAGCAGUUCAAAAGGGGUAUGCUUUAG